AUGGGGUUGUCGAACCGACUCCAUGACGUCUCCAGCGACUCCAUCCCGAUCCUCCUGGUCGUGACGGCAGCCGAGUGGGUCUCCUACCUUCGCUCCCUCCUCCUCUGCCUCCUCCACUCCCUCGGCCUCCUCCGUCUCCACCCCGCCGACGAAGACCCCCUCGUCCCAGCCGCCGGAUCCGGCCUCGCCGGCCUCGUCGUCAUCGCCGCCUCCACCCGCUCCUUCAUCUACGAGCCCGCGCCGUCGGCGGCGGAGGAGGAGGAGUGCGUGGUGUGCCUGUGCGGUCUCGCCGACGGCGACCGGGUCAGGCGGCUGGCGUGCUGCCACGUGUUCCACAGCGAGUGCCUCGACGGGUGGUUCGACCAGAGGAACCUGAGCUGUCCUCUCUGCCGGUCGCCGCUGGCGGCGGAGGAGAGGCGAGCCGAUGCAGAUCGCCGGAUCGGGGCGGAGCUCGUCGCCUGGCUCUCUCCCUAUCGAUCUGAUCAUCUCCCGAUCGGACGGUGCUGA